GACAAAUUGAAAGUCGAAAUGUUUGCAGAAAUAAUGGCGUAGUUUUCCAAUAGAGAAGUCGUGUGCCGAAAUAACCGCAUUGAUAAGUCGAACAGUUUUGAUACACAGUUCAAACUAUCCAGGAUGAAGUGGCUAUUAAACAGGCCUCUACUAUUGAUCAUUUUGAUGGUUCAUCAGAGCCAGGCCGACGAAGAUCUUGUGGUGGCCCCCAGUCCAGACGACGAUGGUGAGGACUUGGUUGUCCAGGAUAAGAAUGUUUACGAUAUGUACAACAACACCCAGAUAAAUGUCUGCGGCAAUGUGGCGGAUGGAGUUUAUUUGCCCUACGUUGGAAACUGCUCAAAAUAUAUCGAGUGUGAAAACAACACAAUAAAGGAAGUAGGCAGCUGCAUGGAUUUGGCAAAUAAUAAUUCACAGAUUUGCGAUCUAACCAAGCCAUGUGAGCUAGGAUACGAUCCUGUUCUCCAGGUGUGCACCUACAUGGAGAAGGUACAGUGCCUGCCCACCUGUGAGUCGUACCGAUUGAGCAGCUUCUGCUACGACAACACCUGUACCAAGUACGUGCUCUGCUACUAUGGAAAACCUGUGCUACGCCAAUGCCACGAUGGACUCCAGUACAACAACGAGACGGAUCGCUGCGACUUCCCCGAGUACGUGGACUGUGUGGCCAAUGACUGCUCCGCCACCUUCCAGCCAGAGGACAUCAUCUACCUGGGCAGCAAGGCCUCCUGCAGCAAGUACUUCGUCUGCUCCAAUGGCCAUCCGUGGGAACAGGAGUGUGCUCCUGGCUUGGCCUACAAUCCCAGCUGCAAGUGCUGCGACUUUGUUGAGAAUGUUAACUGUACGAUUAAUGCUGCAGCCAGGAAUAUUCUGCCAUAUUCCCGAACCCCUUUGCGUCGUGCUGACAUUAAGUGUCCCCUAAUGGGAACUCACUUUUUCCCUCACAAAUCCCGCCGAGAUGCAUACUACUAUUGCGUCGAGGGACGCGGAGUCACACUGGACUGCACUCCGGGUCUUUACUUCGAUCCCAAAGUUGACGAGUGCCGCAUGCCGGAAUUCGUUGGUGUCUAA